AUGGCCUCGCUUCCAUUAAUUCUCGUUAUUGGUGGGACUGGUGCCCAAGGCCGCCCGGUCGUUAAGUCCCUUUCCCAGAGCAACAGAUACAGAGUGAGGGUUCUGAGCCGGAAUGCCGAAUCUACUCGAGCGCAAGAAUUGCUCGAGUUGCCAAAUGUGGAAAUCGUACAAGGCCAUCAAGACAGCCAAGAAGAUCUCCAUGUUGCAUUUGCCGGCGUGUAUGGUGCUUGGGUCAACAUGGACGGGUUCACGCUUGGUGAAAAGAGUGAGGGUUUCUACGGUGUCAGAGCUUAUGAAAUAGCAAGGCAUCACAAUGUGAAGCACUACAUUUGGGCAAAUUCCGACUACGCUCUCCGCAAAUCAAAUUGGGACGAAGCUUAUCACUGGGGCCACAAUGACGCCAAGGGCCGAAUUGGAGACUUGAUACUCAGCCAUGGUCAAGAAGGCAUGAAGACGACACUUCUGACUACUGGACCAUAUAUGGACAUGCUGUUCGAUGGCAUGUUUGCCCCUAAGCAGCAGGAAGACGGGUCGUUCCAUUGGAUCAAUCCUGCCGCAGCCCAUGGAAAAAUCCCACUAAUUGCGUUGGAUGAUGUUGGCGUCUACAGCGCUUGGAUUUUCGAUAAUCCGACAGAGUCUGCCGGAAUGGACCUUGAGGUUGCGACCGAUCAGGUUAGCAUGGACGAUAUUGUCGCAACGUUUACCAAAGUUACUGGUAUCAAGGCGAAACACGUCUAUCUUCCGUUUGAUGAGUACGCUCCAUUAGCUGAACCAUAUCCAAAUGCAUGGGCAAAUUGGGCGGCAGGACCCGACGCUCCUCGUGAUGCGAGCGUCAUGACUUGGCGCGCAAACUUCUCGGCCUGGUGGCGUUACUGGGGUGAAGGCAAGGGAGCGACACGAGAUAUGGCGUUACUGGACAAGAUACAUCCGGAGCGCAUCAAAAGCUUGGAGGCUUGGAUGGUAAAGGUUGGUUAUGAUGGCAAGGGCCGACCAAUUUUGAAGGGACUGGAGGAUUUACGACAUGGAAAUUAA